GGUGCUCCCAAAUUCAUCCACCACUCGAACUCUCCUCCGAAAAUUUCACGCGCGCUCAGCACAAGUAGCAGUUUCAGUUUCAGAGCUCCGCUUCAGUUGGCCACCAUGCCUGCCCUCGCCAAGCCCGCCGCCGCCGCACCGAAGGCGAAGCCCUCCGCCGCCAAGCCGAAGAAGGCCGCCGCCGGCCCCUCCCACCCGGCCUACUUCGAGAUGAUCAAGGAGGCGAUCGCGGCGCUCAAGGACAGGACCGGGUCCAGCUCGGUCGCCAUCGCCAAGUACAUCGAGGAGAAGCACGGCAAGUCCCUCCCGGCCAACUUCAAGAAGAUGCUCUCCGUCCAGCUCCGCGCGUCCGCCUCCAAGGGCAAGCUCGUCAAGGUCAAGGCCUCCUACAAGCUCUCCGACGCCGCCAAGAAGGACGCGCCCAAGCCCAAGCCCAAGGCCAAGCCUGCCGCCCCCAAGGCCGCGGCGAAGCCCGCAAAGGAUGCCGCCAAGCCCAAGAAGAAGGCGGCCGCGAAGCCCAAGAAGGCCGCCGCCGCCGCUGCUGGCACGAAGCGCAAGGCGCCGGAGAAGAAGACGCUGGUCGCCAAGGCCAAGAAGUCGCCCGCGGCCAAGGCCAAGGCGAAGCCCAAGACCGUCCGCUCCCCGGCCGCCAAGAAGGGCCGCAAAGUCGCCGCCGCUUGAUCUGGUCCGAUGGCGAUGGGUUUUAGUUGUGCUUUGUGUGUUUGUGUUCAGGGUAUGUACAAAAAGGACGCCUCGUCCUCCCUGAUGCAGGUCUCGAUUCUGCUAGGCAGUUUCUAUGUAUCGCGUGUGGUGUGUAAGUCUAUGAAAUUGUUAGGUUUCCGGAGAUGAAAUGAAAUUGCAGAUUUAUUACC